AUGCCUAGCUUGGAUAUUUCUGCUGAGAGGUUUAGUGAGGCGUACGGAGCCCUCAGAGACGUCAUGAGAGGGCGAAGACAGAGGAACCCGCGCGAAGAAAUCGUUGGCGCGUUUCGAGACGCCCGUUCCUCUCUGCGACGUUGCCUCCAGGAGGCCCCGGAGAAUAGUCCCGUGUUCGAGGAUGACUGGCUGCACAUGCGCAUCGAGGAUCUCGAGGGCAUCACGGGCAGAUUGGAAUCCCGUGGCUUUCUGCACCGACCAAGCCAUCAGACCCCCUUUUACCCACACGAGGCGAUCUUUGGCCCGUUUGCCAUGGCCUUGAAAGUCCUUGCAAGGGCUUGCCGCGCUCUCGCUACUGAUGACGAGGUCACCACGCCCUCUCGUGAGGAUGAGCUGAAUCCCCUCGAUCCGUCGCAUGUCUGUGAGGAGGGCCAACUGGCAUACGUCAUGGACAAGUUCUUGUCCAUUUUGGACUACUUGAUUGUUCUGGAAAGCUGCUUGAGUGAUCCCCCGAACCCCAUGCGCUAA